AUGCCGCCUGCUUCGUCCAUACCCGGCGGAGGUGUUUUCCCCCAAAUUCUUUCAGGAAAGCCCAAGGUGUAUCAAGGUGUUAGAGUAAAGAUUACAGUUAAGGAGUUACUGCAGCAGAGGAGAGCACGACAAGCAGCAACUGGUUCAGGGGUUUCUUGGAGCAGCAGCAGCAUCCAGUUUUCAGAGUCUGUAUCUCCUCCUCACCCAGCACCUUUUGAUGCAGAACCCAUCUCUUCUGUUCCCAACUAUUGUCCAUCAUGGCAGUUUUCGAAUUGUGUCUCCUGCGAAGAAAGCCCUAGCUAUUUGGAGCAGCUGGUAGAUUCCUGUCUUCAGACAGAUGCACCCUUAGACCCAGCCUUCGGUGCUUUCCAGCCACCCUCGCACUACACCUCAGACGCCUUCCAGCCAGUCCCACUCUGCUUUAACCAGGGCUUGGCUCCCGGAUCCCCCAAUUCAGCUGAUCUAUCCAGCCCAUUAAACUAUAGCUGCUCUCCUUCUCAACUAUCCCCUUUCACCCCGCUGACCCACAGCCCACCCUCUGCUCUGGACACCAAGACCUAUGACUACCCUGCGGAGGAGUGGUCCUGCCAUACCCCUUCCCCAUACACCGCCACUGCCUGCUACUGCACCGCCUGUGGCUCCCAGCAUGUGGACAACAGGGUCCCGCAGUACUUCCCCUGCCCCAGCACAGACUGCCUGGACUACUUACCACCCAUGGCCAUGGCUGACGACUUCUUCAGAAGGGAUAGGAACUGCGACGUCUGCUAUAGCUAA